AUGAAUGCGGUGGAUGCGUCGUCGCACGAAGAGGUGGCCGAGACGAGUGAGGCUCCUGCCCUGCUGACCAUCAUCCUCGACACCAACCCACACGCCUGGGGCCUACUAUCGUCAACUCUGCCACUCUCCACCUUGAUCGCAAACCUUCUGGUCUACAUCAACGCUCAUCUCGCCAUCAACAACUCAAACCAAGUCGCCGUAGUCGCCUCACAUUCCGACAGCGCCCGCUUCCUUUACCCAACCACUCACGACGACCUUCACGUUCCCCAAAACGAAGUCAACGACAUACAAAAUGACGCAAACAAAUACCGCCCCUUUGCCCAACUGGAAAAGGCCUUGACCACAAAUCUACGCGCCCUACUCUCUACAACCACCCCCGAACACCUCAAAGCCUCUACCUCGACAAUGCUCUCCGGCGCCCUAACUCUCGCCCUUACAUACAUCGCCAAAGCCACCUUGAACGCACCAGGAAGAGCAGGGGACGGCGGCUACGAUGCCACAAAUACCGCAGGCACUUUCACAACUUCUACCGCAGAUGGCACUUCUCAACCCUCCCACACCGGUCUCCAAAGCCGCAUCCUGAUCCUCUCCGUCAGCGGUGACAUUGCAGACCAAUACAUUCCCAUUAUGAAUAGCAUAUUCGCUUGUCAACGCCUCGCCAUCCCCAUAGACAUUCUCACACUAUCUGCACAUUCGAAUGCCGAGUUUCUGCAACAGGCAGCUGAUGCUACGGGUGGUGUUUAUAUGGCUUUGGGGAACAAGGUGGCUGGAUUGUUACAGGUGCUCAUGAUGGCAUAUCUACCUGAUGCCACGGCAAGGAACAAUCUGGUCAAAGCUGGUGAAGCGGAAGGUGUAGAUUUCCGCGCUGCAUGCUUUUGUCACCGCAAUAUUGUGGAUCUGGGCUAUGUGUGCAGUAUCUGCCUAUCGAUCUUCUGCCAACCGCCCCCUGACAACAACUGUCUUACCUGCGGCACGGCACUGUCAUUAGCAGGUCAUGCUGCCAAACCGGUUGUCAUCCCUCGCAAGAAAAAGAAGAAGCAGCAGCGAAAGCUUGAUGGUGUCACACCUGCGGACUCGCCUACUCCGAGUGCUGCAGGUACUCCUAGAUGA